UGAAACCCAGAGUUUUGUCCGCUUAUCCGUAUCUCUUUUGGCGUAGUCAUGCCGUUGAAUGCCCUUUACGGCUACUACGUUUUCGAUCACCUAGAAGAGGCGCCGAGGAUAUUUCACGUCUCGUUGUUUCUGGGCAGUGUGGGCUUGGUGCUCACUACUGCAUUCUCCUUGCACCAGGUGUUCCAUGACCAGAUGACCCUGGAGCAGACUUUGCAUCGAGAAGGCCAUGCAGUGACGCCGAUGAAUGUCCAGUUGGCCAUGGCGAUCAGCACUCUUCCAAUCUUUACAGCGGGAGUCGCCUACACAUCCCUGUGGGUCCCAGCGCUUGGCUUUGUGCUGGAAUUGCUUAUUGCAAUUUUCUCUUGCAUCGCCAUUGGCUCUUUAGUGCAGUACUUUUUGCAAGCUUUGGGCGAGCCACCAGCCCCACGGCGGCUCAUGCGAAAGGUGCCAAAGAGACGGUGGUGGUGUGGAUCCUUGUGUGGAGGUGUCAAUGACCUGCUUCCAGCCUUAGGGCACUUUUGGAGCAAGGAGCCUCACAGACUACAACUUCACGACCUUCGGUUUGCUUUUCGGGUCGUGGCCUUUUUCAUUUGGAGCUACGUCAUUUUGAGCACGUGGCAAGCAGGAGUGAGCAUGGUACCGACACAGGUUGAGCGCGUACCUGGUGGCUGGUGCGUUUACCCCAAGCCAAUCGGAAACACAAUGCAGGUGAUUUUGAUCGUUUUUGCAGUCUCCUCCACCUUCGUUGGAACUGCUGGUCUUUCCAUCAUAGCGAAUGGCGUGGCCUACGCUCUGGGCGAGGUGCUGGUGGCACGGCCAAGCGAUUUUCUCACAGAAUUUUACACGCAUCCUCCUGUAGUCUCAAUGUUUAGCCGCCUUGGCCUUGGCCACUUAAAGUUGGUACCUGCGAGACAUACAUUGUUGCAACAUGUUGGGUUGACGGGGGGGGUUAGCCCCGCUUCCAAUUGUUUUGGUUCGUCUGUCUGUCAAAGGCAAAGUGCAUAUCAUCAAAAAUUAGUGUUUCGCUGUGGCGAAAUGGCAGUUUUCAAACAUGCUUAUGAUGUGUCAUUGACUUGA